CCCUUGGUCGCGUGCACCACACCCUCUCAUUCUCUCUCCAUCCAGCGCGAGCUCGAGAGGCAGGUCAGCAGCAGAGCGAGAGCGCGUGCCAGCCCAUGGCGAGCACCAACAUGGCGUCGGCCACCUCGCGGUUCAUGCUGGCCGCGGGCGUGCCCGCGACGGGCAGCGGCAGCAGCGGCCGCGUCAGCUUCGCGUCGGCGCCCGGCAGGCUGCAGGGCAGGAGACUCGUGGUGCGGGCCGAGGAGGAGGCCGCGGCGGAGGCGCCCGCGGCGGAAGGGGAGGGCGCCGUGGCCACCAAGCCCAAGGCCGAGAAGCCGCCGCCGAUCGGGCCCAAGAGGGGCGCCAAGGUGAAGAUCCUGAGGAGGGAGUCCUACUGGUACAACGGGAUUGGAAACGUCGUCACAGUUGAUCAGGACCCCAACACCCGCUACCCGGUGGUGGUGCGGUUCAACAAGGUGAACUACGCCGGCGUCUCCACCAACAACUACGCCUUGGACGAGAUCCAGGAGGUGAAAUGAAAAUGAGCCAGGCCGGCUCAAGGGCCUCGUGUUGUCACUGGUAGCUUGUGAAAUGAGGGUGUGAAGCUGCUGUGCUAGCGCGUCACAACAUCUUGUGUGUAAUAGCUUAAUCUCUGUAAUCAUUAUGUAAUUGCUUGCUUGCGUCACCAUGGACGACUCAAUAAUCGCCUGCUCCUAAAUUGCUGUAUUCUUUUCCUGUGAUUUUGUACAUGCACAUAAACCUCUUUUCCCGCCACUGCUUGCGCGAUGCUGGAAA